UCAACGUCAUAAAGUCACAUUCUCACAUUUUAGAUUUUAAUUAGUACCUUCCAUAAUUGCACUGAUCUUCUUGUUGUAGGUGGACUAUGGCCAGAACCUAUCGAUUCUCUGAGCUUUGUUGUCCAGAUCAUAAUGUCUUUCCUUAUCUUGGCUCUAUUUUUCCUCAACUAUGAAAAUUUCCUAAAACAUGUCAGAAGACUGAAAAUAUAUAAAUUUGGCGUGCCACCAGAAUGUGCUGUUUUCGCGAAAAGAGUAGAUAUUUUCACUAUAGCCUCCUUCUAUGGAUGCCGAGUAGCCUGCGCCAUCUACGUAUUUCUCACUUACUUUGACGACAAAUUUUGCAAGAAUUCAGGACUUGCUGGAGAUGCAGGUUAUGUAUGCAAUCUACCUUUUCCUUUGUGGUUUCCUUUCAAAGUGAAUACUUUUGGAAUUGAGCAAAUAUUGUUGAUGAGUAUAAUCAUUCUUGCAUCAUUCUACUUCCCUGUACUCUGCAGCUUGACAACUAUGCCUUUGGCAGCAUGUGGCUUCACUUUCCGCCGACUGAGGACACUGAGAAAAAUAAUGAUGAAAUAUACAUCGACAGGUGGAUGCACUGAAGCGCUACAUCCGUCAAAAUUACGAUUUUUCUUGGAGUAUCAUGAAGAAAUCUUGGAUUGUGUCCAGAAAAUGAAUGACGAUGUUGGAUACUGUCACGUCCCCUUCAUUUUUUUCAUGCCUAUAUUAUUGGCUCUCUACUUAAAUAAAUUAAUAGAGCAAAAAGAUCCAGCUGCUUUGGUAGCUCUUUUCCCUUGGUUUUUCACAACAACUACCCUUUGUUCUUUUGGAGAACAUCUUGAAUAUGAGAGAUAUUCGCUCUACUUAGUUUUAACCGAUAUACUAUGGUAUAGGAUGGAUACAAAAUUGAGAAAAGUGUACUAUAUGAGCCUAUGUAAAUUUCAGCAACCAUUUCAUUUGAAAAUAAAAUCGGUCUCAUAUCUCAACAAUAUUUUUCUCUACAAGAUUCUGAAAGGCACUUACACGUUUCUGGUCUAUUUCUCUAAUGGAAAAAAGGAUAUUUGAAAAUAAUUUCUUCACAAUUAAUAGUAAAUUUACAACACUUGAAGCUGAUCGUCACCAUUUCACGAAGACUAUUGCAACUAGGAACGAAGUAGCCCUCAAGAAAAUAUUUUACAAAUCUGGUCAUGUUCACCUGAGCACAAAUAAAACUGUAUUCAUUAAUUACUGCUACCUAUACCUACAGGGUGUAACAUAAAUGGUUGACCGUAGCUUAAGGCCAGUUUCAUAAUCAAAAGUAAAGUCUUCUUUAGAAAUAAAACGUGUUCCAAAAACCAAUUAAAAGGUUAAAGGAAGUUUUGAAAACUUAUAUCAAUAUGACAUUCAAUUCGGAUCACAGAUUUAUUCUCUAUGUUAUCGAAAUAGUUACGGGAUAUACAUUCCAUAACAAACAAUUGAUGGAAUGAAACUCAAUCAAAAUGCUUACGAAAUUAGAUGUUGUAAAAUUAUUAUUACAUAUCGAAUGAUGGAAGACUAACAUCUUGUGAUCAAAAUCGAAAUAAGAAGAGGUAUAUUCUAUAGCAGUCGUUCAGUCGUUGAGCAAAUUUUCCAUUCCUGUAUAUCGGUAGGUCAGAGGGGGGUCGACAUCAGUGAUCAGAGGCACAGAUUAUUUCAAUUUCUUCAACUAUCCAAAAACAGAAUUGACCUUCCGGAAUCCUAGAAAUAUCUACCCCUAACACCCAGUUGAUAAAAUAGCACUGCAAUGAUCGAAGAAAGAAUGAAUCAAAUAAGGAAUAGAACUUGACUAAAAAUCUAAUCUUGAACAUACCUACAUGAAAAGUUCAACUGGGUUGAUUGAUUGAGAUGUCAUGUUGCUCAAAAUAUUUUUAUUCUAAGAUCAUCAAUUUUCAAUUAAAAGAAUUCAUUUGUUCCAUUGAAAUAAUCAAAUAUCAAUUCAUCAUCUUAUGACAUACCUAGGUAUUUAAACUGGAAAUUGUAUGUACCUAUUCUUCGAUAAUUCGUCGAUCCUACAUCAAAUAUAUCUUUGAAAUGGCAACAAUAGGAUACAAACGUGAAGUUUUACCACUUCUCACGUUAUUGAAAAAAAUUCUUGUGGAUAAUUAUAUUUUACCAAGAAAUGGAAUGACCAUAGAACUGAAAGAUUUUAUCAAAUUUGCUCUACCGCUUAUUCUAGGUAUACCUUUCGUCAUUGGAUCUAUAGGACAUGUGUACAUUUCAAUAAAACGUGAGUUUUUCACUUACCACUUCACUCAAUAUGUUGUAGUGACUCUGUAUGCCCGAGAGGUGGCGUUAUGAGCGUCGAGCCACACUCUACUACGGCCCCGGCGGGUUAAUUAGAGUUUCCGCGUUGCAGCAGAGUCCCCUCUCCAUGACGGUGUGAUAGGGUGUCUUAGGCAGAGAUCGCUGAAUUGCCUAACUGAAGAGUCCACCAGCGAUUUCAAAGCAGAUUUUUAUCAAAUUCAGAUAUCCAUGAUGAAGAAUUGAAGAUUAAGACGUUGUAGUGCGUUUGUUUUAUAAAACUUCCAAUUUUGAACCUUUGUAGAUGCAUAUCUUCAUGAAAUUUAUAUAGAAUCUCCAGCCCCAAUAUUUUCAAAUCUAAGGAUUUUUGAAUAGUUUCCAUGGUAUAGUGGACUUCCUGGAUAGCGCUUUACC